UUUAAAUGAGAGCCGAUAAAUAAAAUCUCCCUCCUCCCUCUUUCCCCCCCCACCGCGAUCUCCUACCGACCCUUUCUGCUUCCAGUCGCUUCAACCGACUGUCGCGGACCUUUUUCCUUUUUGCGUUGUUCACGGUGGUCGUCGCCGCCGCCGCCGCCCGACCCUAUUCUCUUGCAAUCGGCCGCGCAUCCGCAGCCUCCGCGCCAAGAUGGACAUGGUCAACGCGACCGCAAAGGCCAUGGGCAACCAGACCCAGGACUACUUCUCCGUCCUCGAGGAGGUCGGCAAGUACAAUGUCCACCUCAACUACCUCGAGCGCCUCUGGGCCGCUUGGUAUCUCUUCAUGCAAAACGACACGCUGGCGACGGGCAUCAUGAGCUUCGUCAUGCACGAAAUUGUCUACUUCGGCCGCUGCCUCCCCUUCAUGAUCAUGGACAAGAUCCCCUACUUCAACAAGUACAAGAUUCAGCAGCAAAAGAUGCCGACGCUCAAGGAGCAGUGGGACUGCGCCGCCAUCGUCCUCGUCAGUCACUUUACCGCCGAGCUGCCGCAGAUUUGGUUUUUCCAUCCCAUCGCCACGUACUUUGGCAUGGACUACGGCGUGCCCUUCCCGACCUUGCUCAAGAUGGCCAUCCAGAUCUCCAUCCUCUUCGUCAUGGAGGAUACCUGGCACUACUGGUUCCACCGAGCGUUGCACUACGGGCCGCUCUACAAGGCCAUCCACAAGAUGCACCACACCUACUCGGCGCCCUUUGGCCUGGCUGCCGAGUACGCCUCGCCAAUUGAGACGAUGCUCCUUGGCAUCGGCGUCGUCGGGUCCCCGAUUAUCCUGCUCUGCAUCACCGGCGACCUCCACCUCAUCACAAUGUACACGUGGAUCAUCUUGCGUCUGUUCCAGGCCAUCGAUGCCCAUAGCGGCUACGAUUUCCCCUGGAGCCUGCGCCACGUCUUGCCCGUCUGGGCCGGCGCCGACCACCACGACCUGCACCACGAGAAGUUCAUUGGCAACUACGCCUCGAGCUUCCGCUGGUGGGACUAUUUCCUGGACACCGAGGCCGGUGCCGAGGCCCACAAGAAGCGUCGCGAGAGGAAGCUCAAGGCCAUCCGGGAGGCUAAGAAGCAGCAAUGAGCAAGCAGCGGGGAGACGACCCUUACAGGCGAAGAGCCCAAGGGUCACGGUGACAACCCGACAACGCGCACGGCCUCGGCCGACGGGGGGGCAAGCGCGUAUCAUCUGAGAUGCAAUAGACUAAUGGUCAGUCACGACGAUCAUGCCAGGCUAGAGGGCAGUGCUGGCAUUCACAUGGCGUUCGGGAAGUGCGAGCUGAGUAUGGCAUUUGGGCUCUUGUAUAUACAUUGUGGCCGGUGCACACCUUGUGGCAGGCCCGGGGAAGGCUUAGACGAAUACUAAUAAUACCAUCGCCGGCCGAUC